UAUCGAUAUUCCAAAAUGCCGGGUAAUGAAAAUAAAUAAAAAAAUAAUUAUGGACUCUACAACAACAGACCACCACAAUCAAUUGAAAUACUGCACUACGCGACUGCCAUAUCGUCAGGGGAGGGAGUUAAAAGCCGUAAAGGUUUAUACUGUUGCAAGCGAAUCUGGGCACUUGCUGGUCUUCGGAGUGCCCAGAAUAAACCUACAGGCGAAUCUCAAGACCAAGCUGCAAUGUUUUGGAAAAUUGCAGUCUUGUGUGUGUAUUACUUCGGAUAUGGCUGCAAAGAUGGAACUGGAGGCUUUUACAGAUGUCUUUGCCGUACAGUUUGAGCGUAUCGAGGUGGCACGACGAGCAAAGCGGCAGCUGGAUGCCAAACAGUUUUACGGCGGAACCCUGCACAUCUCAUAUGCCCCUGAAAGAGAGACGCAGUCAGAGCUGCGGGAAAAACUGCUGAAACGAAGCCAGGAGGUGGCUCAUCGGACUAGGCGCAAUCACACAGACCAGCCGCAGCCGGCGAAGAAGAUAAAUGACGAACGAUGAAUACACGAUUCCUACCUUUUAUUACGUUGAACACAUUGUAAUGAGCCCCUGGUGGACUAAACGAUAUCCGUAACUAUGAACAGUAAUGCAUUUGUUUAUUGUUUAAAACUGA